GUCGCAGUCAAUCUCAGCCACCAUAUCGCCAACAAGCUUUCUGUUGAACACGAACAUACACACUUCGUUUUGCCUCUUUGCUCAAUUCAUUAUCUUUUGGUUUGUAUGGCUAUGUUUUAUUUGUUUUAUUAUAUUUGCUCUGCUGGUAUUUCUUGCUGUCUUGCUUUCUUAUUUAUUCUGGAUCUGUUUUUAAUGACAUCGCCGUGCUUACAUGUCAGUUGGUCUUUGCAGUGCAAUGAGCUAGUUGGGCUGAAUUUUUUACCUAAAUUUAGUAUCCAGUGCCAGCGUUCUUGGCUACAAUAAGAAGCCUUCUAAGUUUACUCAUCCUCAGCUUGAGGAGAAACGGAACUUUUGCUCAUAUCAUCCAAGUUCUAUUUCGGACUUGUCGGAACCUUUUGACUAGAAGUAAUUUGCAUUUCUAUCUUUCUAUCUUUCGAUCCUUCGUUCUUCUUCCUGAUAUUUCGGUUCUGCAAUCUUCUCAUUGCAAACAUUCUUGUCUCACGUUCUUUCGAAUUCAUUCGCAUUACCAAUUUAGGAUUGAUACAUGUCGAAAGUUAUCAAAAUGGCAGACUUUAACUUCCCCGGAGUCGAUCUCAGUGAUCCUUUUCUUCCCUCCCCCGGUUCAAUAUCUGUUUAUAGUCCCUUCGAAUACAGUACUCCCAAAGCCGCCGUCAAACCACCUCAUGACUACGGUACAUUUACCUAUCCUCUAACGCCUGUGGAUGAAAGGCCUAGACCCAUUUCAUUACCUUUACGAUCUCGGAAUUGCUCUUCGAAUGCACCUCCCUCUCUAUCUUUCUCUCGUUCUUCUAGUACCUCGUCCAAGUUUUCUUUCUCCUCGUCUGCAUCAAAUAUUGAUUGCAAUCGGUUGUCAAAUACCAAGUGGGCAUCCCCUACUUCUUUUCCUCACUUUGCAUCAUUGCCACUGGAUAUUCAGAGAAUAAUUUGGAGACACACACUACCUGAACCACAAAUUAUCGAAAUACAUCAACACACAAAAUCUACACCACGAUCGUCCUCUUCCUUCUCAACUUCAACGCAACAAGAUGAAGAACCCCUUCCAUCUUUAACGACCCAAACCCCCCUUCCAAUCGCCCUACACGUAAAUCGUCUCUCUCGUCGUCUCGCUCUCUCUAUUUUAACUCCACUCUCCUUCGCUCAGCCGUACUAUCUUCCUUCAAAUCCAUACGCUUACAUAGACUAUGCUCGAGAUACCAUAUUCGUCUCUUCUCAUACUCUCUACCCCGAUCUCGGAAAUCAUGUCUUGUAUUCGAGGAAUUUACAUAAGAUUCAAUAUUUGGCCCUGGAGUUUGAAGUAUGGUGUGAGCUACUUGGCGAUAAUCAUUUCGUUAAUGCACUUUUGGAGAUGGAGGGACUGGUGAGCAUUGAGAUCAUUUUUGAGAGACAACCGGGAUCGCUUUCUUGUUCUGAUUCCUCAUCUAAUUGGGAAUCAUCAAUACUAUCGAGACAACUCGAAGAAUCGAUAAUGAAUUGGGGAAUCAAGCAUCAAGCUCAGGAUCUUAGGUUUACAGAACCAUCAAGGAAUGAAGAGAGAAAUUUGGAAGUUAUAUUCGAAAGGGAAUGCGAGAAGAAAUGGUUAUGGGGAAGGGUGAGUGGAUGGGAGGAUGUAAGAGGAAAAUUGAGGUUGAGAUGGAAAGAAGAGAGGAGUAGAAGCAUGAUGCCGAGUCGCUUUCACAGAGAUCUAAAUGACAACGAAAACGAAGCUUAUACUCCUCCACCAUCCCGAUCAAGAGCAAAUGGUAAUAUCCCAAUCAGAUUUUCCGAGAUCAAUACAGAGACGACAUACAUGGGACAUGGGCACGAGGAAUUGAACCAGGGAUUGGAAAGUCUAAUUAAUAGCGUGGAUGAUGUUAUAAUGGAUUAUGGAUAUGUAGCGCAAGGACGAGCAAGAUGUGUUGGUGGCGAGGAUACAUAUGUGGAUCAAGAAGAUGCAUAUAGUGAGAGUGAGUAUUCGCGAUGUUCAGCGAGUUUCGAAGAUGAUUCUGAUGUGGAGGGGUGGAUUUAAUGAUUCUUUUUUCUGUUUUGGGGGAGGGAAAUUUAAGGCGUGGUUAUUGGAAAGGGAAGGGGAAAGUGGAGUUGGUAACUGUUGUUGCUCAACAUAGGCUAUUGGCGUUGGUUUUUGGCUAUGAUACCAUGUUUUAGGACAAUUGGAUAGGUGUCUUUCGAGGGAGUAAGAUAUACAUGGAAUGAUUUUUUCAUUAAUCUGGUGUUGAUUGAGCCUCGGAAUUCUUUCUAUAUUGCCAUUUGUGCCACUAUCAAAUAUUACCAUUUUCAAUCACGAUGUCAAUCUACAUGAAAAUUGAGAUUUUUCAUGUUCCUACUUUCUACGUUUGUGAAGAUGGUUCGUCGGAUUUGCUGCAGAGUAGUUGAUAUCUGUUUCUUAUAUUUGUCAAACUAGAUCAGUGCUUGCUUGAGUUGUAUAUUUGAUAGGGCGAUAGAUGCCUGACUAUCCAAUAGAGAGACCUGUUAUUUUCAUUAGUUGGAAGUUAAUACGUUUCUAACCAGGCA